GACAUAUUGUGAAUUUCUUUGGCCUAAAAACCAUUGUCCCCACCGAUCACACUCAGACUACCUUCCAGGCUUUCACCCCAAAUCCAACUCCGACACUUUGGACCACCGUCAAAAUCCCAUCAUAGACUUCUCCGAACUUCAUCAUUCCGCCCUUGAAGCCUUUUCUAGUCCCUUUUUCGGCUUUGACUGACACCAACUUUUCUGUCGCCUAAUCCCAUUGUAUAUUUAGCUCAGUUUAGUCAGCAGUCAUCACUUUUGGUUUUCAAAUAAUUGUGACUCAACUGUUAGUUUCAUUCUUUUUGAGCCCAUGUUCUUGUACUUAUUGAAGACCCAAUACCAAUUCAGGAUUGAUUAGUCUGUUGGAACAAGGGAAGCAUAUUGAUCUAAUGGAGAUUUCAAGAGGGCAUAUUAAUUAUCAGCAAUCUCCCUCCUUUGCUGCAUCUAUGAGAGAUGUCACUUACAGUUGUGGCUCUUGUGGAUACGAGUUGAACUUGAGCUCGUCCAGUCGCAAUACUGCCACAAUUGGUUCAAAGUACGGGAAAUCCAUAAAAAAAGGUAUAAUCUCAUUCUUCUACAUUGACGAAACGAGAUUCAAUCAGGUGGAAGAGUUCAAAUGUGUGCCCUACUUUAUUUCCGAGCACUCUUUUGGUUUGUUCCGCCGGAGAACAAAACUGUUGUGCCGCAAUUGCGGUAAACAUAUCGGAAAUGCUUAUGAUGAUAGAGCCGCUGCGUAUCCUCUUGUGCCAAAUGAAUCGGAUUUUUCUUCCAGUAGUGAAAGCUCUACCGUGAGAAAGUACGAUAUCAGUAUCCGCUGUUUGCAACCAUCCUCAGUUCAAGCUUGCACUCCCCCCAAUUCAUGAUGUCUAUGCCCUUCAUGGGUAUUUUUUGUGUACAUCUGUACAGUGGGAUAACAUCCUCCAAAAUUUCAGUUCUACACAUAAUGCUUGUGAAGAUUAUUGACUUUUCUUUUUUUUUUUUUAAUUUUUUUAUUAUAGGGUUUUCUUUUUUAAUUAAUGCUCAGCAAAAGGAAGUAAUGGAGAUAUGGAGUUUGAGACUGUGAAAAUGGUUUCUUUAGUUUUUCUUUUCCCCCAAGUUUAAAACUUUCGAAGUUAUUGAAUAUUUUGUACACUAUAAAAGACAAUAUCAUUUUUUGUGUAGAUGAUUCACUGUUUCCCCCUUGUAAUUUUCUCAUUAAUCCAUUCGGCUAAUAAAAGUAACUUUCCUUCCCUGCA